GCCCAGCCAGAACUGAGGAGCCGCGAGGAGGAGAGCACAACUGCCCAGCGCGAAGAGAGACACGCACGCCGGCGCGCGGGCGCAGAGAUUGGGGCCUCGCGCUCGCUCGCGGCGAUCCACAACCACCGCCGCCGCCGCAUCGCCGUGGAGCGGUCGCCGGAUUCCGUGCAAUGUCGCUCGCUGCCAUCAUUAGCAGGUGAACCAGGCCAUAAUUACAAUGCCCACAUCUGGUGACGUAGAUGAUGGGCCUACCGUACUGCAGUUAUAUAGAUGGAAAAGAUCAAAUCCCCUUCUUGAACUAUCAAAAUUCCGAGAAGCUUCCAUAUCUCCUUCAAGGCGCCUAUUUGGACUGCUCUCCAAUAAUGGCGAUCUUGUCUUGUCAAUGGCCAAUGUCAGUCCAUCACAAGUUGAAUCACCCAUGGAUCUCUCAGAUAGUAGUCUGCCAGUUUAUGAAUGCUUUUCUUCUAUUCCCAGAGUGAAGUCUUUAGCAUGGGGACACUGCGGUGAUGCUUCUAGUCAACUUGACGUUCCAGCUUUUAGUGAAUUUCUUGUUUUAUCUAGUGAUGAUUCUAUCACCGUUCACGCAUUUCGACAUUCUUACAAAAGCACAGUAACAAUUAAUUCCACAUUUGAAACUGAAGAAUUACAUGGGGAGUGGAAGGAAUGGCGUCCUACCGAGUACUCAGGGUUGGAGGAAGGCGAGUUAGGUCUGAACAAUUGCUUUCGUUCUUUUCUGACUCCAAUCAGUGCAUCUAUUUCUAAUGGAAAAUACCAAGCCAGAUUUCCUCUGAAAUCUUCGCUACCUCAUUCAGCAGAGGUGGUAUCAUUUAGCAUAUAUGACAUUACUCUGUCCUUUUUGAAGUUCUGGUCUAGCACGUAUCCUAUGAAGAACAGGAUGCAAACUGACAGUGGAUAUCCAGAAGGUCUUCUUAGUCAUGUACCUGUAGCUGAAGCAUCAUGCAGCUGUCAGUGGGAAUGUUUAAAAGUUUUGCCUAGUUCUUCAGGUUAUUUGAUUGGUUUAGUCUUAACUCCUAAUGAAUCAGUUAGUUGUGAGCUCCAUCAACACAAUGUAAAUGAUAUUUUGGUGGUUACCCUUAAGCUAAACCAAUGGGGUAUAGAGUGGAACUUUGUGGUGGACCUUCAGAAUCUAUAUGAUGAUGCAGGACCUAAUACACAAUGGGUCGAUUUCCAACUGUCAGAUACAUUUCUUGCCUGUCUUAAUGCAAUGGGUUUCGUUGCCAUUUGGAAUGCGAAAACCGGUCGCCCUAUCACCUCGUUUAGUGUUCUAAAGCGGUGCAGAAUAGAUCUGGAGAUGCCUCUACGGAGCACCAUACCCAUUGCAAACAAAAUAGACGGAGAAAGCACCUGUGUUGAGACUAUUGGUGGCAGAAUAUUUAAGAGGUUAGUUUUGGCACCAUAUUCUCUACUUCUAGCUGCCAUAGAUGAGGUUGGGGUAGCCUAUGUGUUCUAUGCUAAUGAUAUCUUAAAUUUCAAAGCCAAUGUACAUGAAAACUUUGAACAGCCUUCUAUGGAUAAUUAUGGUGAUAGUUUUGCUGCAUGGGAAACUGCUGGUCAUGAGAUUGGGAGUCUAACGUUUUGUAGUCAUCAGUCCAUCCAACAAGGGUCACUAAACCCAGACAAAUUGGUUUGUGGAUUUUCAAAAAGAGACAAUGUUGGUGUUGUCAGACCGAAGAAAAGACGGAAAUACUGCAGGUGUAAUGAAAAUCAAGUGGAUAUCUGGCCAAGUGGUUUCUGUACUACUACUAGUACAUCACAUAUUAAAGAUGGGGUAACUUAUCCUUGCACAAUGGCAGCUUCGAGUCCCAUGCGCAGAGUAGUCCUUCCUCCAUGCAGAUUGCAGGAGGACGUAAUAAGCUUCUCACCGUUUGGACUAACGAGGAUCUUUAAAGGUUGCAAUGCAGAUGGAAACAAGCAUGUCAAAAUUGUUCACACGGAGUUGCUCAUGGCUUCAUCUUUGCCUGACGAGAGAAAUAUUGAUGCUGGUUUUCUGGACAAAAGGCUCUCAUUUCAGAAGGAUUUUUCUGUUGUCGGAGAUUCUGCUGUUUGCUCGUUUCAGGGAUAUUUGUAUUUGAUUACCCAUGAUAGCCUUUCUGUGGUCCUUCCAUCAGUAUCUGUUUCAUCUUUUUCAUCUAAUAUUGAUGCCAUCAAAUUUUGGCAACCAGGGUUUUCUGGUGGUAGUGCAUGCAAUGCUCUGAAUUUAUUAUCAUCGGCAAACAGAUCUGAAACAAGGUGGAAGGCCUGGCAAAUAGAGGUUUUGGAUAGAGCAUUGUUGUAUGAAGGACCUACAUUAGCAGACAGGCUCUGCUGGGAGAACGGAUGGGACCUGAAAAUCUCCAGGCUACGUUCGAUGCAAUUGUCAUUGCAUUACACGAAGAUCAGUGAUCUAGAGCAAUCAUUAAAUAUGCUCGCGGAGGUCAAUCUUGCAGAAGAUGGUGUUUUGCAACUGCUAUUGGCAUCUGUCUACCGGUUAUUAUGUAGAACAGGAAGUGAUCAUGAAGCUGCAGUGUCAUCCAAGUUAAUGAUUUUAGCUGUCCGCUUUGCAACGAAAACAAUCAAGGGUUAUGGACUACGUAGCCAAAGAAAAGUCAUGCCAGAUAAUUCGUUAAAGCUUCAUGAAAUGGCUUUCCUUUUGGGGGUAAUUAGAAGUAUCCAGAGUCGAAUCACUGCAAAGAACCAGACUUCUAUUCGGAUGCAGGGAGAUGAUAAGAACUCACUGAAAAUAGGCAAGGAAGUAUCACAAAAUGAUUCUUCACUCCCAAUUGUUGUAGUGGAUGGUGUUUCAUCAGGACUAUCAGGUGAUUUAGAUGCUCAUGGCAGGCAAGGGUCAGCAUCUACUGUGUUUGAGUUUCUGCCUGGUAUUGACAGGCAGUUAGUGUUAUCGCCAGUUGAAUCCUCUCUUAGCGCCUCUCAGUUUCAUAACAAUGACACUGAUCAAGGAAGUGCUCAAGUUGGAAGACCGAUUACUCAAGGAAAUAUCAAGGAUAUGAUGAAUCGUUGGGAAAUGAAUAAAUUAGACUUGAAAACUGUAGUCAAAGAAGCACUACAAUCUGGUCGACUACCUUUGGCAGUUCUUCAGUUGCAACUACUGCGCCAGAGGGAAUCAUGUUCCAAUGACGAUUCAGAAGACGCUUUCUCCGAAGUUCGCGAAAUAGGAAGAUCCAUUGUUUAUGAUCUAUUCAUGAAGGGUGAAAGUGAACUGGCUGUAGCAACGCUAGAAAGGCUGGGAGAUGACAUAGAGUCAGACCUCAGACAACUUAUGCAAGGUACUGUAAGAAGGUCACUUAGGCUACAAAUUGCUGAGGAGAUGAAGCAACGUGGGUACAUGAGAUCGAAUGAGUGGAAGAUGCUGGAGACCUUAGCGCUGAUUGAGCGGUUUUACCCAAGCAGCAGCUUCUGGGACACAUAUCUUGGCAGGGAGAAUGUCAUUCCUGAUGGUGCAAAUAUUGUUACACUUCCAGGAGAAGAUAAACCAGCACUAGCUCUCCACAUCUGUAAUCACCCUGCUAUAGAAUGUGGUGAUGUUGAUGGAGUUGUUCUUGGUUCUUGGGUGAACAUUAAUGAUUACACUGAUUUAAAGGAGUUCUCUCAAAGCAACCUUUCUAGUGGCUAUUGGGCCUGUGCUGCUGUGUGGUCUGAUGCUUGGGAUCAAAGAACUGUUGACCGCAUAAUACUGGACCAGCCUUAUUAUAUGUGCGCCCAAUCUGAUCUCCCAUGGGAAUCUCAGUUUGAAUAUUUUGUUACUCAUAAUGACGUGGAGGGAGUCUGCAAGCUUCUGGACAUCAUUCCUGACAGUGUACUUCCAGAAGGGAUUCUUAGAGUGAAUGUGGACAAUUUACUAGUUGGUUACAGUAAUGUGUCGGAUGUGACCAUCCCUGAUUAUAAAAUGUAUAUAUGUGACUCAGAGGAGCUAGAACCUGUUUGUAUGGGAGUACCACAUGUCAAAGUAUUCAGAUCCUUGUGUAAUCAUGAAUUAACAUCAUGGACAAGAAUGCUAAUGCAGCAAGAACUGGCAAAGAAACACAUCUUUAUGAAAGAGUACUGGCAAAGUACUACUGAAAUUAUUCCUGUACUUGCUCGUGCUGGCAUAGUUAUUAAUACAUCAGAGAUUGGUCCCAAGAAAGAAGGUUCUAUGCCAGUUUGUGAUUCAGAGGUGCCAAAUGAUGAACAUCGUCGGGCUUGUGAAAGAGCAUUACAUAAACUAGUCAUGCGUUUCUGUGUGCAGUAUGACUCUCCAUACCUACUGGAUCUCUAUUUGGACAACUGCAAUUUGCUUCUCGGAGAAGAUUCUAUUCCUUUGCUCAAAGAAGCGGUAGGUGAUUGCAAGUGGGCACAAUGGUUACUCUUUUCUGGAGUCAAAGGUUAUGAGUAUGAGGCAUCCUUUUCUAAUGCCCGUUGGAAUCUGUCACAGAAAAUGGUUAAUCAUGGCAACAUAACUGCAAUUGAGAUAGAUGAAAUAUUGUAUACUGUGGAUGAUAUGGCUGAACGGAUUGGGGAAAUGUCCGCACUAGCUACCUUAAUGUAUGCUUCACUACCAAUUCAAAAGUCCAUAUGUACUGGAAGUGUGAACAGAAAUCGCGGGUUGUCUUCUCAGUGCACAUUAGAGAACCUAGGUCCAUGUCUCCAGCAAUUUCCAACGAUGUGGAAGACACUUCUUUCCACUUCUGUUGGGCAAGAUGGGUAUGGCUGUCUAAAUUAUUCUCUUACUAAUGUUUGUGGGAAAUCACCGAUUUCAGAGUACUUGCGUUGGCGCUAUAACAUAUUUUCCUCUGCUGGAGGAGACACUUCAUUGUUGCAAAUGCUCCCAUGUUGGUUCCCAAAGUCUAUCCGAAGAUUGAUUCAGCUAUUUGAACAGGGCCCUUUUGGAAUGCAAUUGCUAUCUAGUGCACCAUCAUCUGAAGAGUUAUUUACUCACAGUGUCACUGAUUACAUAUACAAUACCACUGGAUAUAGUGAAACCAAUGCGUUAUCCUUGGAAGCAUCCAUUCAAAAAAGUGUGGAAGAAGAAUUAUAUUCUUCCCUUGAGGAGAAAGACUUGAGGGUGGAGCAUCAUUUGCACCGUGGUCGAGCACUAGCUGCUUUCAGACAUCUUCUUGGUAAAAGAGCUGCACAGUUAAAAUCAGCCAAUGCACGUCAAGUGAUCUCUGCACAGUCUGAUGUUCAAGCAGAUGUACAACUGAUACUUGCUCCUUUAAGUCAAACUGAAAGAUCAGUUCUUCUGUCGGUAGCUCCACUAGCUAUUACAAACUUUGAGGACUCGACGCUAGUUGCUUCCUGCACUUUCCUGUUGGAACUUUGUGGUAUGUGUACCAACAUGCUUCGUCUCGAUGUUGCUGCUCUUCAGCGCAUCUCUUCAUACUAUAGCUCCGCCCAGAGAAAUAAACAAUGUGAACUAUCUUCACCGAGGAGCUCUGGGCUACAAGUGCUCUCCCAUGGAGCUGAUGUUGCUCCUGCUCUUGCUCGAGCAUUAGCAGAAGAUUAUGUCCAGUCUGAUCAUCUUCAUGUUUUGGAGCAGAAGCAAACUUCUAAGGUUCUCAAGAGGGAACAGCCAUCACAGCCUCUUAUUGCUAUAAUGGAGCACCUGGAAAGAGCAAGUUUGCCAUCAUUAGACGAUGGUAGAACCUGUGGGUUUUGGCUUUUUAGUGGCAUUGGUGACGCAUCUCUUUACCGGUCGCAGCAAAAUGAAGCCAGCCUACAUUGGAAUUUGGUUACAGAAUUUUGUCAGGCACAUCAUCUCCCACUAAGUACAAAGUAUCUGGCUUUACUCGCCAAUGACAAUGAUUGGGUUGGUUUUCUAACAGAAGCUCAAAUGGCUGGUUUUCCAAUUGAAGUUGUCACCCAAGUGGCAUCUAAAGAGAUAAGGGAUUCAAGAUUGAGGACUCAUAUAUUAACAGUUUUGAAAACUAUGCUGUCAAAUAGAAAGAAAUCGUCUAGCAAUAUACCCUCAGGAAGUAGGGAGUCACCUUUCUUGUCUGUUGAUGGCGACAACCCCAUGGAACUUUUCUGCAUACUAGCAGUCUGUGAAAAGCAAAAGAACCCCGGGGAGACACUUCUGAGUAAAGCGAAGCAAAUGCAGUGGUCUUUAUUGGCGUUAAUUGCUUCGUGCUUUCCAGAUGCGAGUCUUCUCUCAUGCUUAAGUGUUUGGCUUGAGAUUACAGCUGCAAGGGAGUUGUCCUCAAUCAAGGUGGACGGUAUUUCCUCAAAAGUAGCUAAGAAUGUUGGAUCUGCUGUCGAGGCCACGAAUAAAUUGCCAAGCAUGAGUAGGAAUGUUGAAUUUCGUUACAACAGGAAGAACCCAAAACGAAGACGGUUUUUGGAGGCAUCUCCAGAGAGCUUUGCAAUGCUGGACAGCAGACGUGGACCAAAGUCUACUGCAACUUCCAAUCCUCCAGAUAUUGAUGCUCAGCAGGAAAGAAGAAAGUCCACCUCCGAAGAGACUAAAAUUCCAGUUGAUAUUGAUGAAAAGCUUGCAUCCUUAUCAAGUAUAGUAGCGGUACUCUGUGAACAACAGCUGUUCCUACCAUUGCUUAGAGCAUUCGAAAUGUUUCUGCCAUCGUGCUCCCUUCUCCCCUUCAUUCGUUCUCUUCAGGCAUUUUGUCAAAUGCGUCUGUCUGCGGCCUCUGCACAUUUGGCAUCAUUUUCAGCUAGAAUAAAAGAUGAAGCCUCUCAAUCGAACUCGUCCAAAGAAUCAUCAUCUAUAACAGGAUGGGUGGUUGCUACGGCUGUAAAAGCCGCAGAUGCAGUACUCUCAACCUGCCCAUCAAUUUAUGAGAAGAGGUGUCUGCUACAGCUCCUUGCAGAGGUUGAUUUUGCGGAUGGUGGUUCUUCGUCAGCUUACUUCUGCCGAAGUUAUUGGAAAAUUAAUCUAGCUGAGCCUUCCUUAUGCAAAGAUGGUGAUAUCUACGAGUGGAACGAUUCCAUGGAUGAUGCUUCUCUCUUGGCAGCAUUAGAAAAGGAUGGCCGGUGGGAGGAAGCUCGUACUUGGGCACGGCAGUUGGAAUCUGGUGACAUAGCUUGGGAAUCUACUUUUGAUCAUGUAACGGAAUCACAGGCAGAAGCUAUGGUUGCUGAAUGGAAAGAGUUCCUCUGGGAUAUUCCACAAGAACGUGCAGCUUUGUGGGGCCACUGUCAGUCACUUUUCAUGAGAUAUUCUUUGCCUCCUUUACAGGCUGGAUUAUUUUUCCUUAAGCACGCUGAAGCAGUAGGAAAAGAGAUACCAGCACGAGAGCUUCAUGAAAUACUCCUGCUAUCUUUACAAUGGCUAAGUGGAACCAUUACUAAGUCCUCUCCGGUAUAUCCUCUUCAUCUUCUCAGGGAAAUUGAGACUAGGGUUUGGCUCUUGGCUGUUGAGUCAGAGAGUCACUGUAAGGUUGAUGGUGAAUUUGCACCUUCUGCUGUUACUCAGAAUUUAGCUAUUGGAAACAGUAGCAGUAUUAUAGAACAGACGGCUGAUGUCAUCACAAAAAUAGACAAUAGUAUGAGUUUGCCAAGCAUGAAAGCUGCAGAAAGAAACGGCAUAAGGGACAAUAACUUGUCACGCCAGCAGCAUUUGCAACUAUUUGAAUAUAACAGUGAAGCAACAACAAAUAACACAAGAGCAAAGCGAAGAGGAAAAACAAAUCUACCACUUAGACGAGGUUUCAAUGAUAAUAUUGAAUGUAGCACCAAUGAUUCUGAUGAUAAUUCUAUUUUUUUCCAACCUUCAAAGAUUGGCGAACAAGCAAGAAAUUUACUAUCUCAAGACGAGUUUGCAAAGAUGGAAGCAUCUUUAUCUGGUUGGGAGCAACAUGUCAGGCCUGCAGAUAUGGAAAAGGCUGUGCUCUCCUUACUGGAAUUUGGACAAAUAACUGCUGCUAAGCAGCUCCAACAAAAGCUAUCUCCAGCAUAUAUUCCUGAAGAACUUGUCCUUGUUGAUGUUGCGUUAAGAGUUGCCAAUAACAGCAGUAAUGGAGAUAUCAGUUUAUUAUGCUUUGACACAGAAGCCCUUUCAAUACUUCAAUCACUUGGAAUAGCAAGUAGUAGCAAUAUGAUUGAACCAUCACAGGCUAUGGAGAAAUUAACCAUGAAAUGUGGCGAGGGCCGUGGACGAGCUCUUAUCAGGAGAAUAAUAGCAGUUGUACAAACUGCAAAAAUACUGGGACUUCCAUUUUCUGAAGCAUUUGAGAAACAGCCAAUUGAACUUUUGCAGUUGCUUUCCCUGAAGGCUCAGGAUUCUUUUGAUGAAGCUAAAUUUCUGGUGGAAACACACAUCAUGCCUGCAUCUAGCAUUGCAAGAAUUCUUGCUGAUUCCUUUCUAAAGGGGCUUUUAGCUGCACAUCGUGGAGGUUAUUUGGACUCCCAAAAGGAAGAAGGUCCUGCACCAUUAUUGUGGAGAUCAAGUGACUUCUUGAAGUGGGCAAAACUAUGCCCAUCAGAACCAGAAAUUGGCCACGCUUUAAUGCGUUUGGUAAUGACUGGGCAUGAAGUACCACAUGCUUGUGAGGUUGAACUCCUUAUACUGUCGCAUCACUUCUACAUGUCGUCUUCUUGUCUUGAUGGUGUGGAUGUUCUCGUCACAUUUGCUGCUAAUAGAGUGGACUCGUAUGUUUCAGAGGGGGAUUUUUCUUGUUUAGCUCGCUUGGUCACUGGAGUGAGCAAUUUUCACUCCUUGAGCUUCAUUCUUUCCAUCCUUAUAGAGAAUGGGCAAUUGGAGUUGCUACUUCAAAAGUAUUCUUCCACUGACACAGCCACGGUGACAACUUCAUCGGUUCGAGGGUUUAGGAUGGCUGUUAUAACAUCACUAAAACAUUUUAACCCAAAUGAUGAUGAGGCUCUCUCUCUGGUAUACAAGCACUUUGACAUGAAACAUGAGGCUGCUUCUCUCCUUGAGUCACGUGCCGACCAAUACAUGGAAAGUUGGUUAGAUCGACAUGAUAAGGAACGACGGAAUGAUGAGCUCCUUAAGGCUAUGCAUAACCUUGUACAGACUGCUGAGGUUCUUUCAACAAUUGACGCUGGUCAAAGGACACAUCGUGCUUGUGCUCGUGCUUCUCUCCUAUCUCUUCAGAUCCGUAUACCCGAUCUUGUAUGGAUUGGUCUUUCGGAAACCAACGCACGGCGGAUUUUUGUGGAUCAAUCUAGGUUCCAGGAGGCCCUUAUUGUUGCUGAAGCAUAUAGCAUAAAUCAGCCAAUGGAAUGGGCCCCAGUCUUUUGGAACCAGAUGCUGAAACCUGAUCUAAUCGAGUUAUUCGUGGCUGAGUUUGUAUUAGUGCUGCCCUUACAGCCACCAAUGCUCGUGGAGCUUGCAAGAUUUUACCGGGCAGAGGUUGCAGCCAGGGGUGACCAGUCACACUUCUCCGUCUGGCUUUCGCCUGGAGGCUUGCCUGCUGAGUGGGUGAAACAUCUCGGCAGAUCAUUUAGAAGCCUGCUGCGUAGAACGAGGGACAUGAGGUUGAGGCUGCAGUUGGCAACUCUGGCAACAGGGUUCGGAGAUGUCCUUGAGGCAUGCAAUGGAGUUCUGGACAAGGUUCCAGAGAACGCCGGCCCGCUAAUCCUGAGGAAGGGUCAUGGGGGUGCAUACCUCCCCCUCAUGUAAAUCAUCUGAUUUUGUAUCUAGUUCCAACUCGGCAGCAGCACCGAAAGGUGGAUAAAUCUUACAGGAGUAUAUAGGACGGCGGAAAUAUUGUGUCGCUUCCUUGGCCUAGUCGCCUGGCAAUCAGUUUUUUCUUCUUCUGAAUUCUCUGGCGUGGAUGAGGCCAUGCGGGUGCUCUCGGUUUUGUAUAUAAAGCAUUUUGAGCAUGUAGGCUGGACAUAGACGAUCGGAGUGAGUUUUUUUUUACAGCUUAUUCGCCAGAGAUUUGGCAUGGCGCGGUGAGGUCGCACAUUGUAUUUAAACCAAACUAUGCAAUUUUGUGGCUCUUGGGUUUUAUCCGUGGUUUAUGAAUUCUCCAAAGCAAGGCUUUGGUUUGCCUAA